UGUUAAGAAAGUAUGGGGAAAAAACAUGGAACCUCUUUCAAUGUCUGAUUGGUUUCCCAUAAAUUCUUGGAUAAUGGUUCGUCCCAUCUCAGAAAAUGAUCCAACGUAAGUACGUACCCAUGGGUAUUAGUUCUGCGGGGAUCGUCUUCUCUCUAAUGUUUUUCACUCUCCCAAAGUACGUGUAUCCCUACAAUCCACUGUUCAAAUACGAGCUUAAUUGCUCUCACCUAUGUACGUGUCGUGAAAACCCCAUGGAAAGCAUUAUGAGACAAUUUAACCAGAAACACUUCAUCUUAAUGGGCGAGAAAUACAGACCUGAAAUUAACAGAUUUGACUCAAGAUCGGAUUACAUGGGUUUCCUUGGGAUAUUUGCACCCAUACUGCAUAGAAUAGCAGACGUUUCGUGUAUAUUGUCCGAUGGACAAGUCCACUCAGUCACCUCCUUGCUCAACGGUGUCGACUUCUAUAUGUACACCGCUCUACAAGUAAAAUGCCGCAAAAAAGAGAUUCUAAUUUGGGAUAUUCCAUCGUGGCACACAUCAUUUAACAUCUUUGCGAGUGAGCACUGCACCAUCCUGCCCAAAGAGCCGGUAACGAGAAUAAUCAUUCCCAUGAACCUCUGGAUCGCAGACAUCGAAAAAGGUGGGCCUACCGUCAUAGAGAAGCUUGACCUGAAAUUUUCAAUGAAUACAAUGUCUUUAGUGAUAGUGGGUUCGCGGAUAACGUCCCCACCCAAACAGUGGAAAGACAAGUACAUGUUAUCGGCAUCCCAUUUAACCCUGAAAGAAAACCACAUCGAAAGCUACGAGUGCGACCUCCUGUUCACCAAGCGGUUGGAUACACUGAACCUCGAAGGCAACCAUCUCACUCGUUUUCCCGAAUGUGUUCUCGACCCCAAGAACGUUAAACUGAAUUACUUGUCCCUGUCGCUCAAUCACAUCAGUGACUUGACACCAAUACUCGAAGCACCAGAUAGUUCCCAAGUGCCCGACAUAUUCAUAAUUAACUUGAGUCAUAAUAAAAUCAGAAGUGUGGAGUCGAUACGAAAUAUGGGCCGCAUGCACGUGCUCGACCUCAGCAACAAUGACAUAAGGGAGGUGUCAAAAGACGCCUUUAUUAAUCUGAAGAAUCUAAAGAAAUUGUACUUGAGUAACAACCGCCUCCAGGUCCUCGCACUGCACACAUUUCUCGCCAAUUCAAAGUUGGAGCUUCUCGAUGUAAGUCACAACGCAUUGGUUUCUAUAAAUCCCGAAAACAUGCCCGAAGAUAGAGCUGCACUGGAGCUGGACGUCCGUGACAACAAGUUGAUAUACCCACCGUGGAAAGAGUGCGCUCGAAACCCCAUCACAAACGCUCGCCUUAGAAUAGUAUCUGGAAAUAAUCCGUAUUUUUGUGAUUGUGACAUGAUUGACUUCGAGAAGUGUGUUAAAUGGUUGGACAACAAAACAGCCAAUGGCACUUCAGCUGAGACCGUAUUUCUGGAUAUGAAUCAGAUGAAAUGUUUUGGCCCGCCCCUAGUUAAGGGCAAAGAAAUAAAAUCUCUGUUAUUUCACACCCAUUGCCAAAUUAUCGACAACUGCCCUCAUCCCUGCAAGUGCUUUCUUGAAAAUCUGGACACACUUAGAAUAAAUUGUUCGUCCAGUAAACUGCUAGAACUACCAGACGCUUUACCGACUUAUCCUGAUGCGCGUGUCGUCCUUUACAUGGACCACAACCCGCUGCAGAUGCUGAGUUAUCGGUCUUACCUUUCACAGCUCUCCGAGCUUCAUAUGGACAACUGUUUACUGAUGUCCGUUACUCCAGCCGCCAUUUCCGCACUGCAGAACAUCCGUGUAUUGACGCUCCACAACAACCUGCUGCAGAAGCUGCCAUCAAGCACGCGCAAUCUGACGCUGAAUCACGCCACCAACGUGACGCUACACAACAACAGGUGGUCGUGCUCGUGCGAGAGUCUCUGGUUGCCCCGCUGGAUCACCAAGCACAAGUCAUCCCUCUGGAUGCCCGGGAACAUCGUCUGCGACUACCUGAGGAAGCCCGUCGAGGAGCUGAACGAGAUGGAUUUAAACUGCAAGUCCUCCUCGUACAUGGACACGUUCCUCGCCAUCAGCCUGGCGCUGUCGUCGGUCGUGUCCACUCUCGUCAUCGUCUUCUGCUACCGAUCUGAAAUCACCGUGCUGCUCUAUUCAAAGCUUGGACUAAGAAUCGGCUACAGCUUCUCCUACGGAGAUUGCUUCAAUCCCUAUGACGCCUUCGUGUCGUACAGCCAGGACAAUUACAGGUGGGUGGUCGAUACUCUAGUGCCUCAUCUGGAAAACGGGCCGCGAAAAUACCGGCUCUGCUUGCACUACCGAGAUUUCCCUGCAGGAGAACCUGUGGUCGAUAACAUCCCCUGGGCGAUACGACUCAGUCGCUGUGCUAUUUUGGUUCUUAGCAAGGACUUUCUUAAAAAGGAAUGGUGCAUCAUGGAUGUGCGCGCGGCGUUCCAGCGGCUCCUCUUGGUCGCCAAUCGCCUCAUCAUCAUCGCCACCGAUGACAUCAACGUCGAGGAGCUGUCCCCGGACCUCAGAGCCUACAUGAACACCCACGAUUACCUCAGGGUGGGAGAGCCGUGCUUCUGGGACAAGCUCGAGAUGUUUUUGCCACCUAAGAAAGCGUCAGGUCUUGAGCCAGAGUCUUACGCGACCGCAAUGCCAGGGCCGGGCGGGGAAGGGGGUACGACCAAAAUGAGUGACAGAAAUGAGGACAUGAUUGGCACUGACGUGUCGGACAUGUCAUUCCAACACGGGGACUCGGUCCUGAUACGGCCGAGAUAAAAGACGUACCAAAUGAGGUGGACAAAGUGAAGUUAACAUAAGUCACAGAAUGUGUAGAAGAAAAUGGCACAUAUUAGCUGAUUAUGGAGUGGAUAUUUU